UUGGGGGGCUAUUGUUUACAUUUGGUCUCCUCAUUUUCACUAAAUGUUAUGUGUUCUGCAGUAUUCCCACAAUUGUUAGAUAAAGUCAAGAUAAUGCAACCUCGUCCGUCUGACUCGGGUCAACCGUCUGCACAGUGUUAAAAACUACAACAACCAGUUCACCCAGCGAAAUUAACCCAUCCGCAUUUUCUCUGGAUGAUGCGCGCAGAAAAAUAGGGCGUCGUGGAAACUGCCUCAUUCAUUCGCGGAGGACAAUCACUGUUCUUAAAGACGCAGGCGAGCGACCCACGUCCACAGGAGCGAGAGAGGGAAAAAGAAGUGGGGGAGAGGAGGAAAAAAAAGGGCAUUUUGACUUCAUUCCUGUGCAAGAGAGGAGAAGUUCCGCUGCACGCAGAGAGAAGGCACGUUAUUGUAGGAGGAUAUGGCCAAGUUUUUCCGUGCUGCUGUUUUGGGUCCACCGGGAUCUGGAAAAGGCACGAUCUGCAAGAGGAUUGCUCACAGCUUUGGCCUGCAGUACCUGUCCAGUGGCCACUUUCUACGCGAGGGCAUAGCAGCCAACACAGAGGCAGGCGUGCUGGCGAAGACCUACAUAGAGAGAGGCAUGCUGGUACCUGACCAGGUGAUGACCAGGCUGAUGCUGCCCAAACUGGAGCAGCUGAGGAACCACAGCUGGCUGCUAGAUGGUUUCCCCCGCACCCUGGCACAAGCUCAGGCCCUGAACGAUCUCUAUCAGAUGGACUUGGUCAUAAGCCUCAACAUUCCCUAUGCGACGCUGAGCGAGAGGCUGAGUGACCGCUGGAUCCACCCCGCCAGCGGCAGAGUUUACAACUUGGGAUUCAACCCCCCUCGAGUUCAGGGUAAAGAUGACGUGACCGGGGAGCCACUGAUUCAGCACGAUGAUGACAAGCCAGAAGCUCUGGUGGCACGACUCCGACACUACAAGGAACUGGCCAAGCCUGUUAUAGACCUGUACAAAUCACAAGGAGUCCUGCACUCAUUUUCGGGAACAGAAACUGACAAGAUUUGGCCUUACAUCAACUCUCUCCUCAGCACCAAGAUGCACACGCAGCCGUCAGACGCCCCUCCAACCCAAACGCCCUGACUGAUUCGCGAGAAGGGACCACGGAGAAGCAAGAGGAAGUUGAUUUGUAUGUUUUGUUACAUGCUGGAGUGAGAUUCCAAGGAAAUGCACAAGAGACAAAUCCACAUGUUGAUUGAUUUUGAUGAAUAGUUGUGUGGAAACAUUUCCAAAGCUUUGUACUUAAGAUUGCCAUAAAUUCCUAAUAAUCACUUUGAAAAAUGUUGUUGCUUCUACGGGUUUUCAAAGAACUGUCUUUUUUUCCCCUUUCCUAAAUGACUUUUCCUAUUUUCAAUCAUACUUGCAGAAUCAAAAGGCAGAAUAAAAAAAGGUAAAUAGAAAUCUUUUUUUUUAAAUGGCAGUUUAGAUGUAUUCUAUAAACCAAAAAUUAAGGGGUGGUAUAUCAAAAGUCACAACAGACCCUUAAACAAAAUGCUUUAUUAAUGUAGAUAUUUCAACUGUGCUCCAGUUUUGGGCUGGAAAAGCAGUUGGAUUUGCUAAUUGUUAUUCUCAGUAAUCAGGCAACAAUUAACAAUUCAAGCUAGCAACUGCAUUUUUUAAAAUGUUUUUUUUCUUCAUUAAAACACUGUAGCAAGUUUUUACUGGCAGUGUGAAAAGAACUGUGUGUGUGUGCCUGACUUAAUGAGAUGCAAAACUUGUGUAAACAAGUUGAUACUGCAGCUAUCGCUGUGUUUUAUUUGUGCAGCAGCCAUAUUGGAUUUUGAGGUGGAGGGUUGGUGAGGACCCUCUGACCUUCUGAGUUGGACCUCCAUCUUCGGUGGGGACUCCAUUUGAUUUUUUCCCACCUUUAAACUUGGAAAUUUUGACCUUGUGGGACAAGUGAAAAGUUUUCUUCUCAUAUUUUGUCUCUGAAUGUGCCUGACGGCAGCUGUAGUGAUCCUUUAGCAAACAUAAGUCGUCUGUUACAAAUGCGCUAACGAUUUUUUUUCUUUUUCCUUUAUUUUUUUUGCUGGGUUUUGACCCUUUUCUGUACACAGUAUAUUUUCAGAGGUAUUGGGAACUGUGUAAACAUCUUUGGGUUGUUGCUGGAUUAGUUCAAGAAGCCUUCACAGUUUCGCUGCAGGCAUUAAAGUGAAUUCAUUGAAUGUUACAUUUCUCAAAAUGUACUCUGAUGUAGCCUUCUGUGUAUCUAUGAAAGGGGCCUUUUUUUUAGGAUUCUGACACUGUUGCAGUCUUGUUUUUUUUCCUGUGUCUUAAAUCAAUCAUCGGUGUAGAAUGAAUCUUUGUUGCCUUCGCUUUGCAACUAUUUGCCCUGGAGAAUAGUUUAGGUGUCAUCAGUUAAAGUUUGCCUUUUGUAAUAACUUAGGAAACUAUUAAAAAAAUUUCAGCAGCUGACGAACAAAGACAAGCUUGAAUCGCUUUUCCAGUUCUGUGGCCUUUUAGUUUUUUGCAACUUAUGACCAAAUAUUUUGAAGUUCCAGCUUGAAGCUUGCAAAUGGCAGCUUUUAAUCUGUGACUGGCUGUAAAGGGCAGAGAACCCGUUUUCAUUUUUGGGAUCUAUGUAUAACUGAUACUGGGUAUUUCUCUUUUGGUUGUCCCCCUGACUGUAGAUAGAGCACCAAAGGAAAAGGAGCCGCAGUUCAAGAGGCACCAGCUUGCUUCAGGUGUAGUUUCUGUUGUGUGGUCCUGCACCUGCUGAGCUCCAUGCAGGUUCUUGAGUGAAUGGUUGUGCUGCUAAAGCGGUAAAACUAUACAAUGCCAUGCUACACAGCUUUUCUGUAACACCACAGAGACCUUUCUGUUUUCACAUGAUGCGGUAGAAAGAAGUUACAUUCCAAGAACAAUAAAACUAUUGUCCAAAGCA